GGCUUGUUAUAAAUAGUGGUGGCAGCCUCCAUUGUUCACUUGAGGGCCUUUGUCAUAUACUUUCUUUCUUGUUCCACGGAGGGAGAGCUAGGGAGAGAUGGCAGAUCACAUCCCUCCCUCUGAACAGAAGCUUCAUUCCGAUGUCGCCGUGACCGGAGAUGAGGAGGUAAACGAUAAUCCGAUUGAGGAAGUGAGGCUCACAGUACCGAUCACAGACGACCCAAACCAGCCGGCCCUAACAUUCCGAACAUGGGUUCUCGGGCUAUCCUCGUGCAUCAGUCUUGCUUUCGUGAACCAGUUCUUUGGCUACCGAGAGAACCAGCUCUCAGUAACAUCGGUUUCAGCACAGAUAAUUACCCUGCCAUUGGGAAAGCUGAUGGCGGCCACGCUUCCAACAAGGCGAUUUAGCGUCCCCUUGACAAAAUGGUCAUUUACUUUAAAUCCAGGACCCUUCAAUCUCAAAGAGCAUGUCCUGAUCACCAUUUUUGCCAGCUGCGGUUCCGGUGGUGUUUAUGCUGUGGGCAUUAUUACCAUUGUCAGGGCCUUCUACCACAGGCAGCUCAAUCCCGUGGCAGCAUUCUUGCUCGCCCAAACUACUCAGAUGUUGGGGUAUGGCUGGGCUGGGCUGUUCAGAAAAUACCUAGUGGAUUCCCCCUAUAUGUGGUGGCCUGCAAACCUGGUCCAAGUUUCUCUAUUCAGGGCAUUACACGAGAAAGAGAGAAGAGGAAAGGGAGGACUUACCAGGCUGCAAUUUUUCCUGAUGGUGUUUGUCUGUAGCUUUUCCUACUAUCUAAUCCCAGGCUACUUGUUCCAGUCCAUAACCUCUCUCUCCUUCGUUUGCUGGAUUUGGAAGGACUCCGUCACCGCCCAACAGCUGGGAUCCGGCCUCCACGGCUUGGGGAUAGGCUCAUUCGGCUUCGACUGGUCCACCGUUGUCGGCUUCUUAGGCAGUCCUUUAGCCUACCCAGCCUUUUCCAUAGUGAACACCCUCAUAGGAUUCUGCUUGUUUACUUAUGUAGUGGUUCCAAUUGCAUAUUGGUCCAACGCAUUUGAAUCCCAGAGAUUUCCAUUGUUCUCCUCCAAGACUUUCGACUACACUGGUCAUAGUUACAACAUAACAAGAGUUUUGAAAGAGCAGGCCUUUGAUCUUGAUAUACCUAGUUAUGAUGGGUAUAGCAAAAUCUACCUCAGUGUCUUUUUCGCCUUCGCCUAUGGGUUGAGCUUUGCAACUCUUGCAUCUUCGAUUUCGCACGUGGCCCUUUUCAAUGGAAAAUCCAUUUACCAGAUGUGGAGAGGCACAACGCAAGCAAUGGAAAGGCAGAUCGGUGAUGUCCACACAAGAAUUAUGAAGAAGAACUAUGCAUCAGUUCCCAACUGGUGGUUUCACAUUAUCUUGGUCGUGAUGCUAGCUCUUUCCCUCCUUACGUGCGAAGGUUUCGGCAAACAGCUCCAACUGCCAUGGUGGGGAGUUUUACUGGCUUGUGCCAUGGCUUUAGGCUUCACAUUGCCAAUUGCAGUCAUAACAGCCACAACAAACACGCAACCGGGGCUAAACGUGAUCACGGAGUUGGUUAUCGGGUAUCUGUACCCGGGGAAGCCUCUUGCAAAUGUUGCUUUCAAGACCUAUGGCUAUAUUAGCAUGGUACAAGCAAUCUAUUUCGUCUCGGACUUCAAAUUAGGACACUACAUGAAGAUCCCUCCCAGAUCCAUGUUUACAGCACAGUUAGUUGGGACGGUGGUUGCUUCUUCUGUCUACUUCAGCACAGCGUGGUGGCUCCUUACGUCUAUCGGAAACAUCUGCGACCCAUCUCUGCUUCCAGAUGGGAGUCCGUGGACUUGCCCUGGGGACGAAGUGUUCUACAAUGCUUCCAUAAUAUGGGGAGUUGUAGGUCCCCUCCGGAUGUUCACAAAAUAUGGCAACUACGGUUCGAUGAACUGGUUCUUCCUCAUCGGAUUCCUCGCUCCGUUUCCAGUAUGGCUGCUAUCACAACAGUUCCCAGAAAAGAAGUGGAUCAGGCUAAUCCACUUUCCAAUUCUAUUAGGGGCAACAACGGCGAUGCCACCGGCAAGAGCUGUGAGCUACAUCACUUGGGGAGCUGUGGGUAUUUUCUUUAAUGUUUAUAUCUACAGGAAGCACAAGCAGUGGUGGGGCAGGCACGCCUACAUCUUAUCAGCUGCUAUGGACGCUGGGCUCGCAUUCAUGGGAGUAGUCAUCUUCUUCGCACUCCAAUCCAAGGAUAUUAUCGGUCCUGACUGGUGGGGUCUCGACAUGGACGACCACUGCCCUCUCGCUAAGUGUCCUACAGCACCAGGGAUACAAGUUAAAGGGUGCCCUGUUUUCUAAGAAUCAAUGUAAUAAUUCAUUCCCAAAGCUUGAUGAUGCUUGACAAUAAUGGCAGACUGGAGAAGAUGAUGAUGAUGAUGAUGAUGAUGAUGAGAGAAGUGUAAUUAGUCCAGAACUGUGAAUGUAUAUAUAUUGCAUCUAGUCGUUUGAUUGUUUUUCAGUUAAAAUUCAGAUCCAACUCCAUACCCAUAGUUCUUGAGUUUUUUUGUUAAACAUAAUAAUGUCAGAGGUUUGUAAUGGUAAUUUGUGAGAGUUAUAUUCCAUCAACAAAAAUUAUCCACAUCA